AUGUGGAUGCCUCCAGGGCAGAACCAAAGCUGGGUUUCUGAAUUUAUCCUGCUUGGCUUCUCUAAUGACCCUACAUUCAACAGAAUCUUCUUCGUUGCCUUCCUUCUCCUCUACCUGAGCUCAGUCCUGGGCAAUGGGCUCAUCAUCACCCUGAUCUGUAUGGAUACCCAUCUUCACACUCCCAUGUACUUCUUCCUUUGCGUCCUCUCCUUGCUGGACGUGGGCUACGUCACCACCACCAUGCCCCAGAUGUUGGUGCAUCUUCUUGCACAUUCUCAGACCAUCUCCUUUGUUGGCUGUGGGCUACAGAUGUAUGUGUUUUGUGCCCUGGGCCUGACCGAGUGCACUUUCUUUGUAGUCAUGGCUUAUGACCGCUACGUAGCCAUCUGCUACCCACUGCAUUAUACUGUCAUCCUCACCUGGGGUCUGUGCACACGGCUGACAGCUGGGACCUGGGCCUGUGGUUUCUUCCUCUCUCUAAUCCAUACUUUCCUCACCAUGAGGCUGCCAUACUGUGGGCCCAAUGUGGUCAACCACUACUUCUGUGAAGGCCCCUCAGUACGAAGCUUGGCUUGCAUGGAUACCCACCUCACUGAGAAGGUGGACCUGAUUAUCAGUGUGUUCAUGGUUGUUGUCCCUCCUUCCCUCAUUUUGGCCUCCUACAUCCGUAUUGCCCAGGCCAUUCUCAAGAUCAAGUCCAUGGAGGGCCGCUGCAAGGCUUUCUCCACCUGCGCUUCCCACCUGACUGUGGUCACAUUCUUCUAUGCUCCAGCCAUUUAUAUCUACAUGAGGCCCAACUCCAGCUAUUCCCAUGAGCAAGACAAGCAGAUCUCACUCUUUUACAAUGCCUUCACUGCUCUGCUGAACCCUGUGGUCUACAGCCUGAGGAACAAGGACAUCAAAGGGGCUUUUCUCAAAGUCAUGGGGCAGGGGAGGUUGGCCUGUUGA